AGCGGCGGGGUCGCCCAUAAAAGCCGGCCGGUGCGCGCGGAGCGUCCAAACCAGUUACCAGAGCGCACAGAUUCUGCUGCAGCCAUCUCUCCCGCUGAAAAGAUGCACAAGUGCUUGGGGAUCCUCUGCGCGUCGCUCAUCUUCUGCGCGGCGCUGUCGGAGAGCAUCGGGCUGGUUAUCGCGGCAAAGGAGAAGCGAGGCUGGACCCUGAACAGUGCUGGAUACCUGUUAGGCCCCCGUCGUAUUGAUCACCUAAUUCAGAUAAAGGAUUCCCCCAGUGCCAGAGGCAGAGACGACCUGGUCACUCCAUAUGGAAUAGACGGACACAGGACACUCGGGGACAAGCAGGGUCUGGCUGGAAAACGGGACAUGGGCCAGGAGGAGGACUUCAGACCAGGCUCGCUGAGAAUAGCAGAUGAGGACAUCAUUCACACCGUGGUGGAUUUCCUGUCCUACCUCAAACUCAAAGAAAUGGGAGCUUUGGAAAACUUGCCUCCUUCUGUCACAUCAGAUGAAAUGACCAACCCCUAACUAGACCGUCUGUCUGUCCACGCCCUUCUUCACAUGACUUCAAAUCCCUCCAGUCUCUGAUGCUCCUCAAAAAUAACAGUGGGAUAUUUGUUAUUUGUGUAAAUAAACCCGUAUGUCCUCCAGA